AUGGCCAUUACAGCAACAUCCACCAUCAACAGUGCCGGUGUCAUUUGGGGAUACUCAGCUGGCGCCAUACCUGAAGUGGAUGAGGAAGAUGAAGAUCUUUCCGAACGAUUUGCCGUGAUGCGAGCAGCACCCACAUCUGACUAUGAAUCAACGAAACAGCAGCAGCAGCAGCAGCAGCAGCAGCAGCAGCAGCAGCAGGUUGAGGCAACAAUCCCGGAACAUCGUGAUAUCGAUGCCAUUUGGUCCUAUGCGGCUGGUGAUGCUGGUGACGAAGAAGAAGAAGAAGAACUUUCCGAACGCUUCUCACUGAUGCGAGCAGCACCAACAUCAGCUAACGAUCAGGACGAGGCUGUACCGCCGUUGCCAGCUACCAUUGACGAGCACUCGGAAAGCAGCAGCAGCGAAUCACCACCUUUUCUAUUUCAUGAUCGAAAAGACGAAGUCCACAUGACGCCGCGUACCAUGAUUAGCAAGUUGUUGCCUUCCAAGAAUCGAUCACGAGAUGAGCUAUCCAAAAGCCACCACACAAUGCGACAAGUACAGAAGAAACCACUCGUCAGCAUGCUAUCACCGGUACGGCAAUCUGUGUACAAAAUGAACCGAACGGAUUGUCGGUCGCAGUUGGAAUCCUCCUUUUGCAAGUUGGAUUCCGCCAAUGAUUUGCCAUCCAUCAAGCAAGGAGGCUUGACAUCUCAUACUUCGGCCCCGUGCUUUGGACGUUCUACUUUGAACAACAAGAAGGGUAAUACCAAGAGCAAGGAAUCUUCCCUCAUGUCCAUGAUGCGUGCGGAUCUACAACCCAAGAAAUCAUCCGACAAGAAGAAGUCCAAGAAAAGCAAGAGUGGCAGCAGUAGCACCAAAGAAAGAAGUCACUCACCAAAGCGUUCCCCCAAGAAAAGUCUCAAGUCAGAAGACUUGUCAGUCGAGUCUCCUUCUUCCAGUGUCUCUCCCAAGCGCUCGUCCAAGAAGAGUCUCAAGACAGAAGACAGGCAUUUAGCAACCGAGUCUCCCUCGUCCAGUCUGUCCCCAAAACGCUCUUCCAAGAAGAGUCUCAAGGGAGAAGACAGGCAUGCAAUCGUGUCUCCCUCUUCCAGUCUGUCUCCCAGGCGAUCUAAGAAAAAAAAGUCCAAGGAUGGCGAUGAGGGAAGCAAGAGUCCCAAGACCAAGCACAGCUCCAAAAAAACUGAGGAAGAGCAUUAA